AUGUUCUAGUUCAGAAAAGAAUUUCAGAAAAUGGAAAAUGUUUUCUAAAUAUCUUUAUUUACGAUGAUUUUAUUCAAAUAAACACCCCGUAGGCUUGAAAAUAUGACCAUUCGGAUGGUCCUUAAGUUGGAUAAGAUGUCAUCGCAGAUAUUGACAAAGAUGGCUCGUUAUCACGUCACAAACAAUUUUUCAAAACAUUUCGUUCAUAAUUUUUCAAAGCAACAGAUGAAAACAAUGCAUAGUUAUGGAGUCAGAAGUCCCAAGUCAUGUCUUACUGGGGACCUAGAAAGACUACUUAAUCAAUUCAAGCAAUGUGUGAGAAGACAAUCUAUAAAAGAACAUAUUCUGAGAUCAAACAGACAAUGGAUUCCUAGAGUGUCAAGAGUGGCCACGUUGUUAUGUAUUCCAAGUGCAGUUCUAGUCAAAUAUAACUUGAGAUUAGUUGAAUGCAAGGCCAAUUAUUCACGGGUAGUGGAGAAAUCAGAGAUAGAGAAUGAACCUGUCUUUGAUUGGGGACAGUUUAUGAAGAUUCUCUUACCAGAGCUAGCUUACUUGAUAGCUGCAGUAGUAGCAGCAUUUGCAGUGGCCAUAGUGAACAUACAGAUGCCUCUGUACCUGGGGGAGUUGGUCAAUGUCCUUUCAGAGUUUACCAAGGAAGGCACACAGAACUAUGUCGAGCACAUGAAGAAACCAGCGCUCAAACUUAUUGGCUUUUAUGUAACUCAGGGAGUGUUAACAUUCAGCUAUAUCAGCCUGCUGUCAGCUGUGGGGGAGAGGGUUGCCACGAGGAUGAGACAACAACUCUUCAAUUCCUUGAUAUCACAGGAUAUCAGCUUCUAUGAUUCGCAUAAAACUGGAGAACUUAUAAAUAGGUUGACAGCUGAUGUACAGGACUUCAAGAGCAGCUUCAAGAUGUGUAUAUCUCAGGGACUCAGAUCACUAACACAAACAUUAGGUUGUGUUGUAUCAUUGUUCAUGAUUUCCCCCAUGCUAACAGGGUCUAUGGUUGUCAUAGUACCAACCAUUAUAGGAGCAGGUGCUCUUAUUGGCUCCAUACUCAGGUCCAUGUCUCGAGAGGCACAAGCUCAGGUUGCAAAGGCAACAUCAAUUGCUGAUGAGGCUAUUGGAAAUGUGAGAACUGUAAGGGCUUUUGCAAUGGAACCAAAGGAAAUAGAAUUGUACAAUCAAGAGGUGGAACUGUCUUCACAGCUGAACACUAAGCUGGGUGUAGGAAUUGGACUCUUCCAGGGCCUUUCUAACUUUGCUCUUAACGGGAUUGUACUAGGGGUGCUGUAUGUAGGUGGGUCUCUAAUGUCCAGCAAUAAACUAAGCGCAGGAGAGCUCAUGUCUUUCCUUGUGGCCACACAAACAAUACAAAGGUCCCUGGCUCAGAUGUCUUUACUGUUUGGUCAGACUGUGAGAGGACUCAGUGCAGGCGCUAGAGUCUUUGAGUAUCUGAACAUCCAGCCUGAGAUUCAUUUAAAUGGAGGUACUACAAUCCCACACCACACUCUAAUCGGCAAUGUUGAGUUCAAAAAUGUUUCUUUUGUCUACCCAACCAGGAAAAACCAAACUGUGUUGAAAGACUUCAGUUUAAAAGUUGAUGGAGGAAAGGUGGUUGCUUUGGUCGGUCUGUCUGGUGGAGGGAAGUCUACAAUAGCUGCCCUACUUGAGAGAUUCUAUGACGUCAGUGGUGGCAGCAUCACCCUUGACAACCAUGACAUCAGAGAACUUGAUCCAUCUUGGAUGAGGGGCCAUGUUAUUGGAUUUAUUAAUCAAGAGCCAGUCCUAUUUGCUACAAGUGUACUAGAGAACAUCCGCUAUGGGAGACCAGACGCUACAGACAGUGAAGUUUUCGAGGCUGCCAAGCAAGCCAAUGCACAUACAUUCAUUGAAAGAUUCCCCGAGGGAUACAAGACAGUCCUGGGGGAGAGGGGAGUGACAGUCUCAGGGGGACAGAAACAGAGAAUCGCUAUUGCCAGGGCACUCAUUAAGAAUCCAACCAUAUUGAUUCUGGAUGAAGCCACCAGUGCCUUGGAUGCAGAGUCAGAAAGAAUUGUACAAGAAGCCCUGGAUAAUGCCACUAAAGGAAGAACUGUGUUGGUUAUUGCUCACAGACUGAGUACAAUUCAGAAUGCUGACCUCAUUGCAGUGGUGUCUCAUGGGGCUAUUAAAGAGAUGGGAACUCACGGUAGUCUAAAGAGGAAAAGAGGACUUUACUGGGAGCUCAUCAAGAUGCAACAACAGGAAGAAG